AUCUAUCAUUCCUAUAUUUAUCUUGUGAAUUGCAACGUUUUAUCGAUCCACAAUUGAAUUUGAUUCCUCGACAGUCUAACCAUCCGCCUUUCUUACAUUUUCACAAUCCCUCUUCAAUUCCUCCAUCAUCAACACAUUCAUUUAAUUUUAUAAACCUGUCAAUCUAUCAAUUCUUCCUCAUUUCACUUUAAUUCUUUUCUUUCUUUCUUUUCGGAAAUCCAACACUUUACACCAAAAUCUUCAUUCACACCGCCCAUUGUCUACUCAGACUAUUACGCUGUUCCUUUCCCCGGACAACAAAUUCAUCCUGCAGGGACCAUAAGUUUUGGCCCAAUUAUUUGAAGACUUCAAGACCACUCAAUUAUCUGCCAAUUCUCUCAAGUCCAUCCAUACCCACCAUAAUUUCUUGAUCCGGCCGCGACGACAAUACGACAAUGACUCGAAUCCUUCCAAAUGACGAAUAUUCACCUGUUCAACAGGCACGAGUCACCCUCAGAAGUCCUGCUUCGGCGAGAGGAUGGGAGUUUCCAGCAGAUACAUCGAGCACAAACCGCACUCCCUUUCGCAGAAUGCGUCUUGGAUCGGUCCCCUUAGAAGCUGAUGUGUUGGAGCGAAUGUCAGACCUGUCCGUUGGUGAAGAUUUGGAAGAACCGCUAGAUGCGCGGCGGACAGGUGGCAUAAGAGGUUUGAUUCGACGUGCUUCAGUAUCCAUAAAGAACAGAAAGAGGAGACAUUCGCAUGCUACAGAAGAACGUCCAUCCUCUUCAUCCUCCCCUUGGCACAGACUACGACAAGCUACGAGUUUCAACAGAAAUUCGAGGAUGAUACCAUCUCACUUCAAUUUUGAUGGCCCCGUGGAUUCUUGCUCGGAAUUAGCUUCCCCAACACCUGGACAUGGCGGCGCACCUCCAAUUAUCCCGAUUGGGACCGGUGGAGCUGCGAGAGCUACUGCAGCUGCCCAGAAUCUCUUCAAGAAUCGAAACUUUUUGCGAUCUGAAGACACACAACAGAAUGAUAGGGAAAGUGCUAUUGGCAUAGCGGUCAGUACAUUAAUCGACUCAAUACACACCCAAGACACGUCAAUUAGUCGGGUUGAUUUUAUAGGAUGCCUUCCCAUGGAACUCGCCACGCAAAUACUAUCUUAUCUAGAUCAUAUGUCUCUACGCAGAGUGGAACAGGUUUCUCGCAAGUGGGCAUUUAUGGCAGGAUCAAAACACGUUUGGCGGGAGACUUUCUUGAGAGAGAAGUCUAGAGCGUAUGCUAUGCCCCAUCCAGUUAUUCCAGGAGUAGGAGAUGGAGUCCCAGCUUUGGAUCCUGAAACGGAUUGGAAAGAAAUUUAUCGCAUUAGGCAAAAGUUGGACGACAGAUGGGUUCUUGGCGAAUCGACACCAACUUAUCUCCUUGGGCAUACGGACAGUAUUUAUUGCACACAAUUCGAUGAGCACAAAAUCAUCACUGGUUCUAGGGAUAGAACGAUUCGUGUGUGGGAUAUCAAAACUUACAAGUGUGUCUUGGUCAUUGGACCUCCAGCUAUCGUGAACGAUCCGGCUCUCUUGACCGCUUCUGAUGGAAGUCUUGCACAUUAUGCGACAGGUCCAGUCGAACGAGGUCCAGAUGAAUUAAGACAACCUGGUAGUAAACCACGAACUGUUUCUUUCCCCAUGCAUCACAAUGCAUCGAUCUUGUGUCUUCAGUACGACGAUGAUAUCCUUGUAACUGGUUCAUCAGACGGUACAUGUAUCAUGUACGACAUCAAGAAAGGAUACGAACCAACUAUGCGUCUGGAACACCACACUGCAGCUGUACUUGAUCUCGCAUUCGAUGAACGAUACAUCGUUACAUGUUCUAAAGAUGUUAGUAUCUGUAUUUGGGAUCGUCGCUCGGGUCAGUUGAUAAAACAAGUUCGUGGUCAUUCAGGUCCAGUCAAUGCAGUACAAUUGAGGGGAAAUUCGAUUGUAAGCUGCAGUGGAGAUUUCCGAGUCAAGUUAUGGAACAUCGACACUGGGAAGAAUAUUCGAGAAUUCUCGCGCCAUACCAAAGGUCUCGCUUGCAGUCAAUUCUCCGAAGAUUCAAAGUAUAUCGCGUCGGCUGGUAACGAUAAAACUAUUCGUAUUUGGAAUGCCAACACUGGGGAGUGCUUAAAAUUAAUCAACGCUCACGAGAAUCUGGUCCGAUCUUUACAUAUCGAUUCAAUCAGUGGAAGAUUGAUCUCUGGAAGUUAUGAUCAGGAUAUUAAGGUCUGGGAUAUGGAAACGGGAAGUUUGUUAUUAGACUUUCCAAAGUGGCAUGCGAGUUGGGUGUUGGGGGCCAAGAGUGAUUAUAGAAGAAUUGUUAGUACUGGGCAGGAUCCCAAGAUUCUGGUUAUGGAUUUUGGAGCUGGAUUAGAGGGGAUUGAGAAGUUGGAGAGUGGGCCCAGAAUUGGGAUUUGAGUGAAGUGAGAGUUUGAAAGACGGGGUGUGGUGUUGUGCUGGGGCAUGGACUUUGGUUUUGGGAUUUCUUUUUGGGCGUUGAAAAGCUGGGAUUUUUUGGGGGGAGGCGGUCACUUCGUUGCUUCUUGAUUCGUUCUAUUUUAUCGACAUGAUUAGAAAGAGGGAGGGGAUAAAUGGACUUGCUUUUGAGGUUGGACAUGGAUAGAUCUUCUCUGGAGGGAGAUGGCUAGGUGCUUUGGGAUAGGACAUGGAUUUGGUAUGCAUGGUGGGUUUUAAUAUGGAGGCGUUCAUACAUACACUUGGGGGUAUGAAUUUCUAGAGCAAAAUGGUAUGCCAAGGAUUCUCGAUAUGAUUGGGGAAUUAGUUCAUGGAUGGAUGGGGAUUGCACCACUUGAAAACUUUUUGGGCUGUAUGCGGUGCAUGCAUUUAUCAUUAGACACGCUUUUGAGUUGGAUCUUUUGUGUAUAGAAUUACCUUUUCAUCUUAUAGAUGUUAAAGAUGUCUAGAGAUUGAGCAAAAUAUAAAAUAUUUAUG